AUGUCCCAAAAAUCAGUCUUCUCGCCAUUCAGCGAACUGAAAGAAACUGAACUUGAAGACAGCCCACGGUGGGUUGUUCUGAGAACUGCCAUGACCCACGCUGACCAUCGAGUAGGCUUGUACCUCCUCCAAGUUGACCCUUCCAUGUCGUCGUGGCUCCAGGCUGGGCUAGGGAGCAUCCACGUCCUCCUGACACCAGGACCCAUCACAACCUCUCAGACUUACCUGCGAACCCUCGUCUUACAACGUUGGGAUGCAGAGAUUAGGCGUUGUGAUGACGCAUGCAAAGCGCAACUAUCCGAACACAUCCAAGGGCCUGCGACUCACCAAAUGUUUGUACAAGAAUUGAUUGUUGGGCGCUGGAGCAUAGAGAAGCAGCGGUGCCAAGAGGCCCGAAAAGUUCAGCUACUGGAACUCCUCCUUGCAGCUCAUGGUGUCACUACCCUAGUUUAG